GCCUCUAGCGAUGCGUGAUGACGCCACAGAACAUCAACAAUUCGCAUGUGGCCUAGAAACAGCGUUGCUGUGCUAGCACCAACUGGGUAAUGUGUAGCUGACUUUCCAAUCGAAACACCUCAUUUAAAAUAAAUAUUAUACGGCUAUUAGCGAUUUGUACACAACUACACCUGAACCAACAUGCCUCCGAAGAAACCCGCCCAGCCCGCGGGGAAUAAAAAAACCCAAGAGAAGAAAAAGGAGAAGAUAAUUGAGGACAAGACAUUUGGCUUGAAGAACAAGAAAGGGGCCAAGCAGCAGAAGUUUAUCAAGAACGUUACUCAGCAAGUCAAAAGUGGAACUGCAAAACCGGCGGACGGAGAUAAGAAUAAGAAGGUUGAUAAGAAGAAGGAGUUGGACGAACUCAACGAGCUGUUUAAACCUGUAGUUGCUGCCCAGAAGGUCGCAAAAGGUGUUGACCCAAAGUCGGUGCUCUGUGCAUUUUUUAAGCAGGGUCAGUGUACCAAAGGUGACAAGUGCAAAUUCAGCCAUGAUUUGUCAAUGGAGAGGAAAUGUGAGAAAAGAAGUCUGUACGUGGAUGAAAGAGACGAUGAACUGGAGAAAGACACUAUGGACAACUGGGAUGAGAAGAAACUGGAAGAGGUCGUCAACAAAAAACACGGAGAGGCAGAGAAGAAGAAAGCCAAAACACAGAUUGUGUGUAAGCACUUCCUGGAGGCCAUAGAGAAUAAUAAGUACGGCUGGUUCUGGUCAUGUCCAUCGGGGGGUGAUGUCUGCAUGUACCGGCACGCUCUGCCACCUGGCUUUGUACUGAAAAAAGACAAGAAGAAGGAGGAGAAUAAAGAGGAUGAAAUUUCGCUGGAGGAACUGAUAGAAAACGAGCGUGCAGCUCUGGGUGCCAAUGUGACCCGGAUCACCCUGGAGACCUUCCUGGCUUGGAAGAAGAGGAAAAGGCAGGAGAAGAUUGACAAAGCGAGGGAUGAGAUGGAGAAGAAGAAGGCCGACUUUAAGGCUGGAAAAUCGCUAGUGGUGAGCGGGCGCGAAGUGUUCGAGUUCCACCCGGAGUUGGUCGAUGAUGACGAUGCUGAAGCCGAUGACACUAAAUAUGCCAGCGAAGAAGAUGACGAUGAUGACGACGAUCAGACUGAUUCUACAGAUGUCCAGGACAUAGACCUAUCCCGUUUUGUUCCACAAGAGGUCGACAACACAGGCAUUACCGUAGCAUCCACGGACCGGUUCACCUCGAGGAGUAAGACUCAGCCGACGAAAACAGACAGCGAGGAGCAGCUGAACGGAGCUUGCGGUGGCGCCGAAUCCAACGGGCUUUCGGGAGCAGAAGGAGGCGGCGAGGAUGGAGGUGGCCAGGAGGAGGAAGAGGAAGAGGAGGAAGUGCCGGUGGAUGAGAACCUGUUCACAGGAGAAGAUCUGGAGGAGCUCGACGAGGAACUUAACACACUGGCGCUGGAAGACUGAGAGGGAGCGUGUGAGAGGGGAGGGAGCGUGAGGUGGAAGUUAGGACGGACUAAGUGACAAAGGGAUCGACCGAUGGAUACAUGGAGCUAGACAACAAAGAGACCAGAUGUUUGAAUGAUUUUAACUUUCAGAGACUCCAGUAAUAAAGCCUGAUUAUUUCAUGACAUCACUGCCCGUCUCUGCCGCCCUGUUUUCUGUAUUGCCCCUCUCGCAUCCCACCACAUCCUCUGCUUUUUGUCCAUUGGGUCUCCAGAUUUCCACAGCAGGGCCAAUUAGGGUUUAUCAGGGCCAACUCCACAUGGUUGUUGCUUGUCAGAAUUUCCAUUAAAAUACAAUUUGGCUGUUUUGUUGCCCAACGAACUUCCGUUGAAACUGAAUUUACUUAUGAAAUAAAUUGGGCUUCGUAAUCCGUUGACUGAAUAUAACUAUUCAGAAUGAGACAUUGUUAAAAAUUAAAGCACUAUACUUGUGAGAUUGUACUGUGGGACAAGACUCAAAUAAAUCAAGUAAUAUCAAUGGACUUUAGAAGUUAAAAGUUACAAUACAAUGUAGGAAAUGAACAGGAGUGAUUCUGUUGUAAGAAACUUGAUCUGUUCAGUUUCAGCUGCUCUCAUACCAAAAUAAACGUAAAGAGUUCCAGGUUGCAAUUUCAUCAUUCUAGUGGAGUUUCCCCUCAACAAAUACAUUUAAUUUAGCUACGCUUACGUUGAAAUAAGUGUUAAAUGUAUAUCAUUUUGAAGGAAAAACCCAGACCAAGCUUCUAAAAUGUCAGUGCUAUUUCUGUGACCAGACUGAUGAAGCCCCAGCAGGGAGACCAAACUGUCCCAUCGCCAGCCCAGAAAUGUAAAUACUGUUCUCAUGAGUUGCCUCCUGAAGAAAUAAAAGAUUACUGUACAUCCA